AUGACGAAGCCCAUCACUCUCCUCCACGCCCUGACCGCCACCCUGUUCCCACUCACGCAGGCCAAGGCCUGCACCGAAGGCCUCAACUACCGUGGCUAUAACCUGCUGAAGAAGGGCACAGCAAAUACGCAGCGAGAUCGACAACGAACCCAGAGCAGGCCGGACAGCCGACACAAGGACGUGGACAAGCAGCGCUCGCUCUUCCUCUUCCAAUUGCGGCAGCGACGACGGCUGAUGGAUCCGCUAGUGAGGUGUACUUACCACGGCGAGCGACACGUGUGUGGACGGUGGGAGCGGGAAGGACAGCGGCUAUUACAUGUUACUAUGUAA